GCUAUCGUCCAAAACAGCACUCCCUCCGUUUUCCGUUUCCCCCCAUUAUCUUCUUCUUCCACACGUCAAAUCCCAAUGCAGAUCGUCUGCAGAGUAGAGAGAGAGAGAGGGAAAAUCUGAAGAAAUCAAGUCCAGUUCUCUCUCUCUCUUGAAAUGGCAAUGGGAAGCCUCUUCCCACUCCAUCCCAUCUCCACCGCCGCCGGCGCAGCCGCCUCCGACCGCCUCCUCUUCCUCCCACCUCUUCCCACCCCCGAUCUCGCAGAACCAUCCGCCGGCAUCGACGUUGGCAACCGCAAGCUGCUACGCGACCUGAGCACCUUCGGCAUCGGCGGGCCCUGCUCCUUCUUCAUCGAAGCGAUCCGACCGGCACAUCUGAUCUCCGCGGCCCGCCUGGCCCGAUCUCGCUCCCUCCCUCUUCUUAUACUUGGCCGCGGCUCCAACUGCCUCUUCUCCGACCGUGGCUUCGACGGCCUCGUCGUCCUCAACCGCUCGUCUAUCGACGAGACCGUCGAAGUGGUUGGGCCAGGUCGGGUUCGGGUCGGGAGCGGGU